UACAGAUGUCAGUCUUUCCAGUACGGUGAAAACCAAUGUCAGUUGAAUGAUGAAAUGGGUGGAAGCAAUUGUGGUAAAAUGGUGGAUAGCUCCUCAUUCAAAUAUUACCAAAAGGCGUGCCAAAACGGUGGCUCUGUGGUUACUUCGUUUUGUUUGUGUAUUAACAGUUAUGCUGGAACGUAUUGUGAAAGAUUCCUGCGAGAUUGUGCGGAAGGAUUUUCUUCACCACAUGGGUACACCACUUUUGGCAUCUACACGAUACAUCCGGUACUAUCACCAACACCAUUUCAAGUGUACUGUAAGAUGAGAGGUAACGGGGGUCGAAUUCGGUUUCAGCACCACGAAACAUCGUCCUUCUACUUCAACCGAACAUGGCAGGAAUACAAAGAUGGUUUUGGUUCUCUGACCAGUGAUCAUUGGUUGGGAUUGGACAAGCUCUACUACCUGACCAAUAGUAGGGUUUAUACUGGGGCAUUCUACAUGAGACUUGCCAAUUUAACCUAUUAUCACCAUUAUUUUAGAGAAUUCGUAGUGAUGAAUGAAACCAAUAACUAUCAAAUGACCUUUGCCCGUGCGGUUCCUCACAGUACUUUGUCGUUGGGCGAUAGUUUAACGGCGGUAAAGAAUCAAUAUUUUAGCACUUACGAUAACGACAACGACAACAGCAGCAGAAACUGUGCGCUAGACAUGAGAAGUGGGUGGUGGUAUAAUGACUGCUCACCUUGCAAUCCUAAUGGAGAAUUAUUGAUGCCGAGUGAUUCGUUAAAAACAACCGACUAUGAAGCAUUCUGGACCUACGAUUUACAGGAUGUUGUCCCGGCUUUAGUUAAAAUGUGGUUACGGGUGGAAUAAGUAUGACACUACAGUCUUGAUCCCGCCGCCUGCGAAUUGCAAGGCAUAAUAUAUAUUUUCUGUGAGCCAUAAAACUCGUAAUUCCUAUUGUACUAUCAUAGAUGUUCUAAGUUUCCUGUAUUUGAUAUAUAAACAUAGUUUUUGGUUUAAGCUUCCU